UGUUUUUAUUUUUUCGCGGAAAAUUGGAAAUUAUUUGCUCGAAAAGUUCUGCACAUAUAAAGAAAAAUAAUGGACCUUACUGAUCGAAAAACCGCUGAAAAGUUUAUGGGAGAGUACCUACAGUUUGCAGAGAAGAUGAGACCCGAUAUAGCAAUGAUAGAAGAUCCAGAGAAAAGAGAAGAUGAACUUUGCAAGUGGUUGGAAGGAAUGGAGGAACCAGAAAAACUGUUGUUUGAUUUCUUUGAGACCAACCCAAUGAGUGUCAAUGAUUGGACAACAAAACGAAAAGAGAAUGAACAGAAUGCAUUGACCAAAAUUGAUGAAGUAAAAAAAUUACCAGUUCAAGAUACAAUCUGGAUGAUUGAUGAAUAUACAUCUCUGAAGGAUGAUGAUGGUCAGAAUCACAGAAUCUUGUCAGUAAUGGAUACAAAGAAUCUUUACAUUGGUACACUUAUGGCCAAUAUUCUAGAAUUGUCUCUUGUUCAACAGUGUAGAGAUCUGAUCUGUAUUUGUGCGUUAACACCACUGACAGGAAAACCAAGACGUCCAAAGUCAGUUACGUUUAAAGACCCUUCAUAUGCAGAAAAAGCAGCAGGACUUGACCUAAGUGACCUUGGGAUAAAGUACAUGUAUGAUGGUAUGCCUAAAGAAAAUGAACCAGUCAAGAUGAGGACUUGUUCUGUAUGCAGAUUACGAGGAACUAAAGAAUUAUUUAAAAAAUGCUCAUCAUGCCAAGCUUUAUUGUACUGUUCAAAAGAUUGUCAGAAGAAGGAUUGGACCAGAAAAGGUGAUAUGGGUCCUCAUAGUCACAAAAUCUGGUGUAAAAGGAUGAAGAUGUAUAUGUCAAAAACAGAAGAGAUGAGACAGUUUCCUUUUACCUAUGCACAAGAGACUACCUCAGAAUAUUUUGAUAUGGCAGCCUACAAGACGUUUCUUGAGAAACAAGGUGUUCUAGAUCAGGGUUUAUGGAGAAGAGAAUGUAGAUUACAUGGGGACGAGACUAAGUGUUUCUGUUCAGUACCAUUUGGAGAGCUUCCAGAAAGUGAAGACCCAAUAUUUUUACCAGUGGAAUCAUCAAUCCUAGAUGAAGCUCCAGAAAAAGAAAUCAAAUUAUUACAUGAUUGGGAGUCUUACUAUGAAUACCGAGGAUUUCGAUUGGAUUCUCCAAUAGCCAUAUUACUGCACUGGCCAAUGACAUUGUAUCAUAUAAUCAAAUUCUGUUACCCUAAUGACAAUCCUGAAUGGUGGGACAGUGUAGAUUCCAGCUGUUUAAAGUUGGACCUUAUUGGUGUUGAGAAAGAAGUGGAAAUGUUAUGUCUGUUCAAGGAACUUGGAUAUUUAUGUCCUGAUAUUUCUAUUGACAUUAUAAUGUAUGGUGUAGAGAUUUCUAAAGAUGUACACAACAGGACAUAUGAACAUAAUAAUGUUAAGAUACAGAUUGUUAAAGGGCCAUAUCAUAAACGUGCUGAUGAACACAGAAAACCUCAUUUGGUUGUAGGUUUAAAUGCUGGAUUAGGUGCAUACCAAAUGUGGGGUCAGACACUUGUCAAACUCAGGACUGAUAGGACUCCAGCCUAUUUUACAGACUACUGCCAAUACAGCUGUGAAUGUGCUAGAACAGCUGUUGAAGGGUUAACAUUUGGGACAAUAUCAGACCCUGUAGUUAACCCCUUCAGGAACCCUGUAAGAAAGUUAGCAGAAGAAAAUGACAUGCCUUGGUACAGUAAUGGAUUUUUGUAUAGGAUUAUUUACCCUUCAAAGUGAAACAAUUCUGACUUAACUGGUUCUUGUUUCAAUUGAAGAAUCAUUUUUGACUUAACAUGCACUUGUUAAAACCAGUGAUAAAAAACUAGUCAAAUUUAUUGUUGAUGGUAUAUAUUUUAAACAUUUACUUGAAGAGUUCAUGUGAACUGUUCCUAGUAGAAUUGACAACAAAAGCAUAUUUUUUUUUGAGGGCUAGCAGCUUCCAAAUGAGGUUUUGACUUCCUUUAACUUUGCACUUGUUUUAGUUAAGGAAACUUGUUUUAAGUUUAGGAAAAUUAAUGUUUACUUUAUUCUCAAUGUCAUACUUAAAUCAAGAGAUUUAUUCAUUCAAAAGAACUUCGAAAGAUCAUAACAUUCGUAGAUUUCUUUUUUGGCUAAAAUGUCUUAUUAUUAUAGGCAAUAUGAAGUAAAGUUUAGAUGUACUACCUCAAGCAUUUUAAACAGUGGAAAUGUUUAAUAAAAAAGCAGUUGGAUGUAGUGUAUUUAUAUAUUAUAAAAACUUGAAAAUUCCCUGUAAUCCUAUUAAUUCAGUUUGAUUGUAACUAUAAACAUUUGAACAAGCAAAAUUUUUCAUUUGUCUUUUGCUGAGACCAUAAUUUAACAUCUAGAUAUCUCGAAGGGCCCCAUGUGAGCUUAUGCCAUCACUUGGCGUCCGUCGUCGUAGUCGUCUGUCAUCGUAAACUAUUUAAAAAAUCUUCUCCUCUGAAACUACUGGGCCAAAUACCUUCAAACUUUAAUUAAAUGUUCCUUAGGGUAUCUUGUUUAUAAAUUGUAUCCGAAGUUUUGAUCCAUCAACAAACAUGGCCGCCAUUGCUAAAAAUAGAACAUAGGGGUCAAAUGCAGUUUUUGGCUUAUAUCUCAAAAACUAUGGCUUUUUGAGCAAAUCUGACAUAGGGGAAAAUUGUUCAAUUGGUCAAGAUCUAUCAGCUCUGAAAUUUUCAGACGAAUCGAACAACCCAUUGUUGGGUUGCUGCCACCGAAUUGGUAGUUUUAACAAAAUUUUGCAGUUUUUUGUUAUUAUUUUGAAUAUUAUUAUAGAUAUAUAUAAACUGUUAGCAGCAAUAAUGUUCAGCAAAGUAAGAUCUACAAAAAAGUUAAUAUGACCAUAAUUGUCAAUUGACCUUUUAAGGAGUUAUUGCCCUUUAAAGACAAUUUUACACAAUUUGUUCAUCAAGUUUGCUAACAUUUAAAAAUCUUCUCUGAAACUACUAGGCCAAUUACCUUCAAACUUAAAUAAAAGUUCCUUAGGGUAUCUUGUUUAUAAAUUGUAUCCGAAGUUUGUAUCCAUCGACAAACAUGGCCGCCAUGGCUAAAAAUAGAACAUAAGGGUCAAAUGCAGUUUUUGGCUUAUAUCUCAAAAACUAAAUCUUUUAGAGCAAAUGUGACAUGGGGUAAAAUUGUUUAAUUGGUCAAGAUCUAUUGGCCCUGAAAUUAUCAGACGAAUCGAACAACCCAUUGUUGGGUUGCUGCCACCAAAUUGGUAGUUUUAACAAAAUUUUGCAGUUUUUUGUUAUUAUUUUGAAUAUUAUUAUAGAUAUAUAUAAACUGUAAGCAGCAAUAAUGUUCAGCAAAGUAAGAACUGCAAAAAAGUUAAUAUGACCAAAAUUGUCAAUUGACCCCUUAAAGAGUAAUUGCCCUUUAAAGACAAUUUUACACAAUUUGUUCAUCAAGUUUGCUAACAUUUAAAAAUCUUCUCAUCUGAAAUACAGGUGAGCGAUUCAGGCUCUUGGGAGCCUCUUGUUUCUUAUACUAAUUAAAGAAGAUAGUUCAUGGUUUUUUUUAUGGGAACAUAACAUACAGCUAAAGAACACUAAUCAUAUCUUCUCUUCAUGCUAAUGAUUUGUAUUUAUUUAAGUUCUGUUUUUAACCUGUGAUGACAUUUUAAGGACUUGGAACCUUCUUAGAUUGAAAAUUAAAGUUAAUAUUAUUGAUAAUGCUGUUUUUUGUAUAAAAAAGCUUGUUUUUGAAAAUUUUGUAACAAUGUACAUGUUGUGGUUUGCCAUAUAGAAGAUCAGCUUUGAUUAUACAUUGUAACUUUGUAAAAAUUCAAAUAUGUACUUUUUAUUACUGUUUAUGAUUUUCAGAACUAUGUUGAUUGUUAGUUGUAAAUUUCUUGUUAUUAAAGUUGAGUUUUU